AUGUCAUCGAGCGCCUCCUUGCCUGCUGCGACGUCAUCAUCAUUAUCCACCUCGCCGCCUCUUCUAAGCUCGCGGGAGAGCGCCCAGCACAUCUGGCGGUCGCUUCGGCGGCAGCGGGUACCGUGGCAGGACGCCUUGGCGUUACUGCCGUGGCAGCUGCAAGCUAUGACGCCUGCACAGCGGCAAUUUCUGAGUUCACAGGCUGCACGGACGCCUGCUAGGGUCGCCAGCCUGGCCCUAGCCGCGUGGGACAUGCACGAGGACGCAGCGCUGGUGCAGCAGUACCGUUCCCUGAAGCGCACCACCUACAUGGUAAACUACGCGCGUCUCGUCUCAGCGGCCUUGCGAGAGCGACCUUCGCUGCCAAACGGUCUUCUGCCGGUUCCGUACGGUGUCGUGGAGCACGGCUACGUGCUUGGCCACCGCUCGCCGCAGGACGCGAAGAUCGCGCUGGCGCUAAGCAAGCACAUGACGCUGUUGGGUCGGGAGGCGCUGACGCGUGAGGCGGCGGAGCGCUUAGUGCUCCGUCACGCCGCCCUGGAAGGCCUCGCAGGGCACUGGCAGGCUGCGUUGGGCAUUGUGCAGCAUAGUCGCGCGGUGCGUCUCUCCGCGCGCGAAGGCAUGAAGCGCUACAUUCGUUCACUGCUGACUCGACAGGGUGGUUUCCCACUCACCACGGCUGCGCCGCUUGCGCAGUCGCGUGAUUCCUCGGUUUCAAAGCACGGCGACGCUCGGGUCGGUCCUCGGAAUGAAAAGGCCGCGCCAGCGGAGUUUGCCGUCGAAGCACCGGCGCGCCGCGAAGAUGCCUCCGCUGACUGGGUAGACGCUCUUCGCGCCUUUCUCUCAAAAGAACCGCACACGCAAACGUACCCGGGCGCUCGUCACGUGCUCGAAAGCCUACCGCCGGAGGUGAUGGGUAACCGCACGUCCCUUCUGCUGGCCUCAACGGUGCUGCACUGCUGCGCGCGACGCAUGUUCGCUGGGACCUUGACCAGGCGAGUCGUAAGCUACGUUGCCAACGCAAAUUGGUUCAUGGCGCUAGCGCUUACGUGUGCGGCGCAGUACUACGACGUGGCGGUGCCGCUCAUUCCUCUCGCAACGAAGGGCAGCAGCGGUGGAACGACGGGUGUGCUUGACUUCCCACCGGAGCUGCGUGCAUAUGUGGCAGCAGUGAAGCACUUACAGCAGGAGGAACGGCCGGCGGCGGCAGAGACUUCGUCUCUAACCGUGAAAGAGGCCGCCGCUCUCACAUAUCCCGAGGCGCUUGCGCACGCGCUGACGGCCACGUCGCCCGCCACAUGGCGGACCCUUCUGCUCUCCUGCCCCCACACCCGCUCUCCGACGCGUCUGCGCUACUUCCUGCUCGCUGCGUGCGGCGAGGCUCGCGACGCCACCCUCUUCGAGCGCACCAGCGUCAGCCGAUGCGCAGAAGACCGUAUCGAGUGCUGCACGUUCCAAUCUCGUGCGGCCUCACGACUUAUCUGCGCCGCGGCAGAGCCGCGCAAUCAGCAGUACUUUUUUAAGGUUAUCCCUGCCUCGUGUCGCGCGCACCAUUUCGAGCGAUCGCCGCUGACAAACGCACCAAGACAAGAGUUGGGUCCAGGGCCAGACACAGGGCAGCGUGCUCCAGCUGCUGCCGCCGCCACAACAGAUGCCGCUGAAGUCCUUUCAACUUCGGCAGCCGGGGCGCCGGCAGAGUCGACGUUGCUGGCGGUGUCUAUAACACCGGUAAGGGAGCGGCUGCGAACCUGGAGGCGUCGAACAGCAACCACACCAGAGGAGUGCACGCAGCUCCUGGCGGACGUGUCCCUCUACCUCAGAGCGACGCACAGGGUCGAGGGUGCCGUCAUCUCCGCCAACCAACAACCUCGUCUCACCGAGGAUGUCUUUCUCAAGGCUGUCGCCGCCCUCGCUGCGAGUGGAGUGGUGCAGCUCGCGUCGACGGAGCGCUUUCACUGGCCACUCGCAGUGUUGAAGACGGCGAGGCUGCUCCGCGUCCAAGUGGAUGCGUCUCUACUGGUCGCCACGGCGCGCACGAUUCCAUCCAUGUUUGUGGACCGUACCGGGCUCGCCCUCGCCUCCAUCCUCGGUGCCCACACGCUGCUGUGUGACUGGAAAGCUGGCCUGCAGCUCUGCACGCGACUGUUGCGCAAACAGCAGGAUGGCGAGCUCGAAGUAGACGCAGACACACCCCGCGUAGGCAAACCGCAGACGCACCGGUUCACGGCGCCGCCACCGACGCUUCUGGAGGCGAUGGCACAGGUCGGCUAUGCCUCACCCGCGGCGGUGGCGGUGCGCCACUGGAAAACACUGCAGUCUUUCAGUGUGUCCACCCUCGCCCCGCUGCACAGCGAGAGGUCCUGCGCACUUCCACUUUUGCUGUUGGAGCUGCAGCAGUUCCACGACGAACGGCAGCUCUGUGAAGAGGUACGCCACCUGUGCGCUGGACGCCGCGGUGGCAGUCUUCAGAAAAAGCUCAACGGCCUGUCGCGUUGCCGGAUGCUGCUGGGGGCCGCGUUCUGUCUGCUGGACGACGAGGCUGCCCUGCGGCGCGUGCUGCGGGCAGCGGGGAAGGAGAGGGCGCGCUCGGCAGACGUGGACACGCACGGUCUCCAGCGCCUGCUCCGCGUUGUGCCAUCUACGGACGCCGCGCAGGUCCUUGCCGCAGAGGCGCGCGAGGGGCGCUGCGCGCAUGAGCAUUGGCUUUGCGAGGUGAUGAGCCGUCCGGACGUCGCUGCCGACGCCGCCGGCGACCUGGCGCGGCUUCGACCGUUUUCCGCGACUCUCUCUGCGCUGUGCUUCUUUAAACAGGCUGCGGCAGCGCACGACGCGGUGGGGUGCCUGAAGGGACUGGUUCGGCUGGCGGAGCGGGCGAGCGAUUGCCCUUAUCUGGAUGUGCUGCUCCGGUCGCUCCUGCGCCUGCUGCGCCUUUUUCUCUCGCACGGCGGACUUCUCACUGCGAGCGUGGUCACGCGUGAGAUGGCGGAGGGCAAGGGGCGUGCCGCACUACCUCGCCCCACCGUUUUAGCGCUGGCCUGUAAGCUCUUCAACAGGAUGCAGGAGAUGCAGAGGCUGAGUCUGCCUCUCAAGCCUGCCCGCCGCGUCCUGCGCCGAGCGAGCGACGCACAUCUUUCUGACGCUCAUGCUGUUGCUGGAGACACUGAUGCUGCCCGCCCAGGCAAGUCUCCUGUAGCUCCGUGCGCCGUGUGGGCCCUGCUCGGAGUCCUGCACUCGACUACAAGCAGCGUCCUUCAAGUACCCGUGCCUGCAUCUUUCACAUCUUCCCUGCUUUCCCGCGUUGUGGAGACAAACAUGGCAGCGGAUUGGUGGACUGCCUUGCUGUUCUUUCAGAGUCUUCGCCACCCGACUAUGCAGGAGCGGGCUUUACUCGUGCGGGCUCUCCGGCACUGCGGCGGCGCUGCAACCCCCAUUCUCCUCUCUAACCGCCGCUUUCUACGUGACUGCCCUGAGCAAGUAGUGAUAUGGGCCGACGAGGCAAGCGGACCGUCGAAGUGGUCGCAGUCCAUUUCCCUCCUUGAGCAUGCGCAGGAAGUGGAGCGGCGCACGACAGCGUCGGCGGCGGAAGCUGACCAGGACGGGAGCGACUCCACGGAACCUGCGCGUGCGCCGGCGUCGCCGCUCUCACCGGCGGUGGUGGCCAUCAUUCGCGGCUGGAAUGCCGACGAGCGACUGCGGUGCAGCGAGCUUCUCCGGCGGCAGGGCUUUAUCGCGACAGGAUCAUCGAAGAACGGCACACCACUUGAUGACGCGCGUGUGACGAAGAUGGCGGACCCUCGAGCCCAGCAGCAAGCAGAAGCGAUUCUGCAGCUUUUGAAGGAGAGACCAUCUUUCGCGGAACCCUUCAUCAAUGCGCCGCCGAUGCUCGAUGCUGACCAUCCCGGUGUGAGGGCGGCGCGUCGCAAUGGCGAAUGA